ACGGGUUUGGCGAAGGCAGGAGGGGACGAGGUGGGCUGAAAUGAAGAGGAGAGACGCUCACUGCGGGGUAGUUGAGGGUGAGUGUGAAGCUGAUGCGGGCGUACAGGACGACCCAGGGGAAACGAUGGACGGGGGCGUAGCAUGCUGCCGUCGAGCUUAUAUAGAGGAAGCGGGAAGGUGGUGAGUGAUCUGCCUUUCUGAUCUCUUGACUGCCAUAUCUAGGCUUGCCAUAGCCUCUAUUCAUCAUAGACAUAUCCCACCAUCCAGCCAACACCGCCUCUCGUCACGAUGGCCUCGGCCACUGCCCAACAUCCACCCCCUCCCCUCGCCGGCAUGGAGUCGUACCAGUCGGGAGAGACAUUUGAGAAGCUGAAUGCUGCGGAGAAGGGACAAGCCGGCAGCGCCCAGUCGCCCUUGCUGCGCAAGCUCGCUCGCAGGCUGGCAUGAGAAAUUCAAUGUCAUGCGACACAACUCUGGCGAGGCUCCCGUCAUCGUAAUGGGCGCCCGCCUCUCUCUCCCCUCGACAGGCCCGGCGAUCUUCGAUAUCAUCUCGCAACAUCUGCUGCAACGCAUCUCAGCGCUCCUCGACCAUCCAGAGAACGGCCUGCUCCGCUCCUCUGUUCAGGCCAGCACAUCCAAGAAGCCACGCUACCGUAUCGAGCCUUCCAUCCAUGCUCUGCAGAUACUGCGACGUAGGGCACUGCCUCUCGACGCUGGCUCGGGCUCUGCCAUGGAAAGGGUGAUCCGAGCUGAGAUCGCAGAAACGGCUAGGAUGUUCCGCCUUGAGGACAGCUUGCCCCUCUGGUCCGUAGCGCUUUACGAAGAUCCGCAGGACCCAGAUUCUGCGCUCGUAGCUCUGAGCAUCCAUCACGUCAUCUCAGACGGCAAAGGCUCGCAGGCGAUCUUGCGAGCCCUCCUCUUCGGCGAUGGCAGCCUUGACUCGUCUACCCCGGCACCAAGCGGUGAAGCCACUCCUGCGACACUGGUCGCCGCCAACGGGAAGGGCGCCUCUCAGCCGCAAUCCAUCCCUCCGUCCAGCAACAAGACGCUCCCCAUGUCUCCUCCCUUCUUCAAGCUCAUCAUCCCCCUCGCCCUCGCCAAAUUCGUCAUGCCCAAAUUGAGCCCCGUCAUCCCUCCCCCUGUCCGACGAACCUACACGCGCAAGCCUGCCUGGCCCGGUCUACGAGCCAAGCCCAACGGCAAACCUUCGCGCAACGAGCCUCCCUUGCGCUACCUGGAUCGUACUGCGCCUGAACGGACUAGCCCGGAGCUGAGAUUGGUGACCUGGGACGAUUGGGCCAUGAUCAAUGGAGUGAAGCAGGUCAGCAAGGCUCAAGGGGUCAAGACGAUCCACUCUACCAUCCACGCUUGCAUGGUCGUCGCACUAGCUGCGGCCCUCAAGCAUCAUGCAGGCACUGAUGCGUACGUUUACGCCUCCGAGACUCCAGUGGACCAUCGCCACCCGCUGGACAAGGGUCACGGCCAAUUCACGGGCAACUACAUCGGUGUCUGCUGGUGGCGCGAGGAGGUCAAUCGCUCUACCUCCUUCUGGGAGGCAGCCCGCGAUUAUGCUGCGUUGGUCUCAGACGAGAAGAAGAGACGCAAAGCACUGCAUAGCAUCGGGCUGCUCAAGUACCUCAAGGCCUCUCCUGAGAACAAGAAGGUGGUUCCCGGCUCGACCGAAGAGAUGGUCGGGGCCGAGCCUGCCACAGGGUGGGAGCAAUGGUGGUGCGAAAAGUCUCAGGGCCGCCGACCGCAUCGCGUAUCUGCAGGCCUGUCCAAUUUGGGAAUCAAUGCGCUGCAAGAGGAGGCGAUUGGUGGAGCCGGUUCGAGGAUAUGGGCAAGGGAAGUGGCGAUGAUGCAGUGCCCCUCUGCGAUUGGGCCUUGCAUUGACGUGGACGUCAUGGGUUGGAAGGGAGCGCAAGAGGGAGAAGGGGGGAUGAACCUGUCGGUGAGCUGGAGGGCGGGAGUGGUUGAUGGUAGAGUGUUGGAAUACUUCACGAAGGGUCUGAAUGUCAUGGGCCCGCUGAUUGCUAGAGGUGAGCUGGGCAAGGGGGCGACGGUGGGUGAGGCCGUCGAUCUCGUGGUCCCUCUGCUCGGUCAGCGCGAGCAUGACGGGGCCGCGUUGAAGAAACAGGCGUAAUAAUGGACCGAAUGUAGUCGCAAGUCGCAAUGAUACCAUCUUUUGAUCCGUUUGCGG